GCAAAGUCACAGCCAAACGUACAACUCAAUCGAAAUGAAGGUGUUUAUUGCAUUCGCUGCCUUAGCCAUUGCCUGCGCAAAUGCGGCCAGUUUGGACGCUAUUGUUCAACCGGGAUUUCCAGAAGGACGCAUCAUUAACGGCCAACCUGCUGCCAAGGGCGAGGCCCCUUACAUUGUGUCCUUGAAGACUUCUUCUCACUUCUGUGCUGGUUCCAUUAUUGAUCCUCACUGGGUUUUGACUGCUGCUCACUGUUUGAUUUACAACGACUUCCAAGUGGUUGCCGGUUUGCAUUUGCGCAGCGAUGAAUCCGACGUCCAAAUUCGCCGUGUUGUUGGAAAGGAAAAUUUGUUCGGACACGAACUGUACAGUGGCAAUGUUGGCCCCGAUGACAUUGGUCUCAUCUAUAUUGCUGAAGCUUUUGAUUUGAAUGCAUUGUCCCGCGACGGAUCUGCUGCUGUGGCUAAGAUUAGCUUGCCCUCGGGCAAGUACGAACAAACUGGAAAAGGAAAGCUUUACGGUUGGGGUCGUGACAAUUCCGGUGCUUUGCCCAAUAACUUGCAGACAUUGGAUGUAAACAUAAUUGGCUAUUCUGAAUGCAAGGCUGCUCUGCCCCUCUUUGCCCCUGUAGCUCCCGUCAAUGUAUGUACCUAUACUGCAGGUACUACCGAUGGCGCUUGCAAUGGUGACUCUGGUGGUCCCUUGAUUAUUAACACCGCCGAAGGCAGCGAAAUCGUUGGCAUCGUAUCAUGGGGAUACACUCCCUGCGCCACCACCAAAUACCCCUCUGUCUACACCCAAGUAUCGUCUUACCUAUCCUGGAUCGACACAACAAUUCAAAAUAACUCCAAAUAAGUUUCUGU